AUGAAAGCAUUAUAUAUCUUAGUUUUCUUGUAUCGUUUUGUGUGUGUUUUCUCCACUUCUUGUACAGCAAAUCCGUCUCAAUUGCAAUGCCUUGCUGCUAAUAAUCGUUUUCUGCUGCCACGCAAGUCGGCAUGCGAUCCGUUCAAGAAGGAUUGUCGUAUGGGUGACCUGAUCAAGUCGUCCGUCGCAGGUUUGUGUGUUUUUAGUUUCGUUUUGUUUGAUGUUUGUGAUGUUACUCUGAGUGUAGGAUAUCCCAAAGGUCGCGGUUUCGAUUCCCACCGUUUCGAUUCCCACCGUCAGGCAAACUUUUCAGCUUUCCCGGUGUGGAUCAUAGAUAUCUUAUAUACACUAGAUAGCGCAUCUCUUUUAGUAAAACUGAAGCCAAGAAUAUUCCAGCGGUUACCCUCAUUUGAAUAGAUGGCGGCCAUGUUGGUCGUUCACAACAAUAACUUUCAUCAUUCGAAUACUUUAAAAAUGUAUUUGGAAUAGGGUUAACUUAAUAUUUAAGUUCCCUGUUUAAUUAAGAAAUAUGAAAUAUACGAAUCUUCUCUCAUUUGAUGGGAACGACCGGAGACUGCAAUCACGGCUUCAAUUUUUGAAUUGCAAAAUAAUUAGAUGCACUAUCUAGUGUAUAUAAGAUAUCUAUGGUGUGGAUGCACACUCAGAAUAUCGAAUACUUGUUUGCUUUUGUCUAAAACAUUCGCACCCGUGAUAUAUUGUAACCAGUUUUUUCUAACAAGGUAAAAAACCCUGGGUUUCCGGUUUCACGAACCUAUACCUAGCUUCUGGCCACCGAUCAUAUACUAUCGAACGAGCAUUUAAAUUUCUGGGGGAAGCGCAAAUUUCUCUAGGCGGGCUGGCGGGGUGGGAAAACUUUCUGAGGGGGAGCAAAAUAUUUUGCGGAUUUUCUGGGCUCCUGUUAAGCAUCGUCAAGCUGUUACAAAGCUCAAAAUCUCAGCUCAUGGAUUACCUGUUGAAACUGGUCGAUAUAUAGCAAUGUUCCAUACGAUAAAAGUAUUUGUCAAAAAAACGAGGUCGGAAAUGAACGGCACUAAUCGUCGGAUUUAAAACGAGGUCGGAAAUGAACGGCACUAUUGAUGCGGUGCAAUAAUACAAGGUUUAUAGCUUAACCAAAUAGAUCAGUCACUCGUUUCGUUCAUUUAAUAACCAUGACAUGUUUAUGAAUGUUAUUGUAUGCAAUGUAAGACAAAUCCAUGGGGCCAUUGGUAGCCAGGUAUUUAUCACUUAUUUACUGAGACCGAGGGAAACAGUGUGUUUUGUGGACCCGAUAACGUUUUAACAAUAAAAUAUUUCAUGUAUUUACGUUCAUUUGUUCUUUAAUUUGUUGUUUCUUUGACUAUUGAUAUAUAAUAAAACACUUAUUUACUGAGACCUCGGGAAAGCAGUGUGUUUUGUGGACCCUCGGGUCCACAAAACACACUGUUUCCCUCGGUCUCAGUAAAUAAGUGAUAAAUACUUAUUAGCCUUUCUCACGGCCGAUUUUCCCGCCAUUUUGGGGGCACUGCCUCUCCCACGUUUGAGAGUCUCCGCAGCACGAAAUACAACUUUUUAGGAUUGUGGUUGUUUGUACAAUGGUAAAUUUACAGUUACAACUUUUAAAAGUCGCUUUUCACGCUGUUUGUAUUGUCUAGAAUCUUUCACGAAAGCUUUCUUCGUGAGAAAAGCUAAUUAGCUACUUCCAUGCUAUAUAACUAGUAAUUCUAAUUUUCAUGAUAUAUAUAACUAUUAAUUCUAUACAUAACUAGUAUAAAAUUCUAAUAUAAUUCUAAUCUAGUCUUUCUGUGAAUUUAAUACGUUUUGUAUCCAAUGUACCAGUAUUUGUAGCUCUGUUUGAAUAAAGCCUGUUUGCAUAUUUCUAUGACUAUGUAUUUCUAUAGAUUGUGAACUACGUUCUGCAACGCAUCUUCGCUACUCCUUGACAUCAUCCUUCACAAUCAGUCCCAACCUUCGCUGCAAGCCAGAACUGCUGUCUAAUCAUGGCCUAUACAAGCGAGUUGUGGCUAUCGAUAUCGGAGAUCCAACAUGUAUGCCGAUAGAACGCACGGGUGAAGGACAGUUUACUUGUGGUGAAAAAGGCACGCGCUGUGUAUGCGAUGCACCGGACGGCGUGAAAAAUUUGGAGAAAAGUCACUGUCGGUAGGUUUGUAUAAAUGCAGACUCAUUUAUAAUUGUCUACAGCCUACAAAUUGUGAUGGCCACAAUGUGUGAUGGUAUGCUGUCUAUAUAGUUAGACCAAUCCUCGAAGAGCUGCCCCUGUUUGGUCUGGAAUCCCGGACUAUUUGAGAACUAAGUGUGAAAAUAGAAAGGGUCCAAAAGUGUGCCCUGAAAAUAAUCAAUCCUGCAGGUUCAUCAUAUACGAAGAGCCCGUACUCUAAAAGCUCACUCACACUCAACGAGUGGAAGUUCAAUCUGAGCUUCUCUCGAGUGUCAUUGCUGUUUUUGAAUAGCUGGAGGGCUAGUGUCAUAUACCUUACUAUGGCCUAUGCGACUACUCACCCUCCAGCUAUUCAAAAACAGCAUUGACACUAAGAGAAGCUCAGAUUGAACCUCCACUCAUUGACUGUGAGUGAGCUUUUAGAAUACAGGUGUUCAACUAUAGUCGUACUAGUAAUAUAAUCACGAAAAUAACUUAAGAUAUUUUAGAGAACCGCCGGAACUGUUUAAAUUCUAUAAACACUGACAGAUCAUUAAAUUUUAUGACUUGUAAAUAUUGAUAUUUUAAAUAAGGAAUUAAGGAAUGGGAAAAUCCGGAUUUACUAUUUUGAUUUUAAUUAUCUCAUUGUAUAUAUAUAUAUAUAUAUAUGUAUAUAUAUAUGUAUAUAUGUAUAUACAGCUGGCCGAAAACUUCAAAUGUUGUCUUUAGCAAAACAAAAUGUUUCCACCAAAUUCGGAAAGAUGAAACAAUCAUGUAUAUCUCGGUUUGCCACCCUUCCAAAACAUGGCUAAAAACAAUGCUUCCUGGUUAGUCUUCUGUUGGGAAACACGGCUAGGAAACAUUGUUUCCUGGUUCAGUUCCCAUGCGCCUUCGGGAAGCAUAUAGCUAAGAACAAUGUUUCCUGGUUUGUCUUCCUUUCGAAAACAUGCAUAACUAGAAAACAAUGUUUUCCGGUUUACUUUCCUUUGGAAAACAUGGGAACCAUGAAGAUUAGCUCAGUGUGCUGUCUCGUUUAUCGGGCAAGCUCACACUUGAUAAAAAAGCUGUUCUUUAUUUACCUUGUAGAUGUCAGUAUUUUGUCGAUUACUGCGCUGUGCCCAAUGUCUGCCGUGACUCGCAAGCCACUUGUACAGCAAAGAACAAUGAAGUUUCGUGCACGUGCCCACCACAAAAAAAGGAAUGCUCUCUUGGCAUAAAUCAGUGUAUUACAAAUCCGUCAGUUUGUCUUGAUGACAAUCAAGAAUGCAUUGAACUUCACGAUGAAUUACCAUCUUGGAAUAUGGAGGUCUGUAAAAACCGAUUUAUUUAG